AUGGAUAUUCAUGUUCUUCAAAGCCAGCCCGCCCAGAAGGUCGCGUUUAAAGACUCUUCCACGGUUCGUGUGGGUAAUAAACUUGUUCGCAAUAAGCCACCCACCCAGCCCUCUGCUAUGCGACCCAAGCGUAAUUCCAACGCUGUAAAAAGUAAUGUACAGACUGCAAGUGAAGCGGGAGUUGUUGUUCCACCCGCCCAACCCACGAGUUGUCAUUUGGUCCGCGGCGGGUUCCAGCCGCGCCUUCCGACUUCCCUGCCGCCCCCAGGGCAGCAGCAGCAGCAGCCGUCGCCGCUACCACGCCGACAGCCCGUCCCGUUGAUGCCUCCCGCGCAGCUUCAUCCGGGAGCGCCCCAGGUGGUCGCUCCGGCGCCUGCGGUCCCUCUUCAGUCGCCACCGCCUUCGGAGCUGAUGUACGUCGACCCCUCAGCCAGGCCGCCUUCCCAAGCGGUGGCUGUGGAGCCUGUCUUGCAGCCGCUUUCCUUGGGCACCCCCAAGGAGUCUGACACCGCAGCGCCUUGUUCGGCGCCCACUCAGCAGCCGUCGAAGCAGCGUCAGGAGACGCUGCCUCUCUUCGUGGGUCCCGACGCCCCCUGUGAGAGGCAGCCGCAGCGGCCGGAGCGCACACUGCCCAGAGGGUGCCAGCUCUGCGAUCGGGAGUUCCCCGCGGGGCUUCGGCAGCGGCUUAUUAAUAGUCAGGGCGGGCGACUAAUGGGCGGCCGACCCGUUUAUCGGCCGUAA